AUGGGUCCUGUUGGAUUGCCUGGCCCACCCGGACCUCCAGGACAUGUCGGUUUAGUCGGACCAAAAGGAGACCGGGGAGAAUCUCACCUCUCUUCAGGAUCGGAUGGCUCCGUGUCUUAUGGUCCUCAGGGACACCCUGGAAAUAAUGGCCCACCUGGAAUGCCUGGAGAACGAGGUGCUACUGGUGAACCUGGGCCACAAGGACCCCAGGGACCUGCUGGAAUACCUGGCCUUUCUGGACCCGCUGGACCUUCAGGACCAAGAGGACUUAGAGGACAACCAGGAAUGCCGGGAAUGCCUGGCCUUCCGGGACGUAGUAUCGGUGAAAACGAAAUUCGUGAAAUCGUAUAUCAACUUUUGAGAGAACGGCUUGAAGACUUGACGGCAGAUCUCCGAGGACCACCAGGACCCACAGGUAUUGGUAAAACUGGACGUCCAGGAGCCCCAGGCAAUACCGGAGCUCCAGGUGAACGUGGCAAUCCCGGACCUCCCGGAGAGAGAGGAUUUGUGGGUAUUCCAGGUUUACAAGGCCCAAGAGGAGUACCUGGACGACUGGGUCCAAGAGGAGAGAAAGGAGAGCGAGGAGUGAUGGGCGAAGGAAGACCUGGCAAACAAGGACCAAGGGGAUCCACAGGUCCACCUGGCCCCACUGGUCCUUCAGGAGUUGGACGUCCGGGUGAAAGAGGUCCACAAGGAGCUCCCGGUUUACAAGGUCGCCGCGGUGCCCCUGGCUUGCCCGGACCACCAGGUUACUGUGAAUAUUGUAAUUUUGCAGCAUCCGGACCAGAAUAUUUCCAAAUCAAUAGGAGGAAUGGUAUCAAGGGGCCUUGA